AUGACGUUAGAUUCCAAGCUACGUUGGAAAGCACAUGUUAAAAAAAAGGAGGAAUUAAAAAUUAAGUUCAGAAAGGUGUACUGGUUGAUGGGAAAAAAAUCCACUCUGUCUAUUUACAACAAAUUGCUAUUAUAUAAGCAAGUCCCUAAACCGAUAUGGACAUACGGAAUACAGCUAUGGGGCUGUACAAAAGAAAGCAACAUCCAACAUAUACAACGAUAUCAGAAUAAAGUAUUACGGAACAUCUUUAACGCUCCAUGGUACUUUAGAAACUGUGAUCUUCAUCGAGACCUCCAGAUAUAUACAGUUAUCCAGACAAUAAGUAAAAAUCUGCGAAUAAUAGGAGGAACAAAGGCAAAAAUAGAAGACCACCCAUGGAUGGUUUCUUUUUUGAAUGCUUCUAAUCAUCAUAACUGCGGUGGAUCUCUUAUAAAUGAAGACACUGUUAUCAGCGCUGCACAUUGUUUUGAGGACGACGAGAUCAAGUACGCUGUAGUUGGGGUUUCUAAUUUGAAACAUAACAAAAUUUUCAUACCAUUAAAAAAAAAGGCUAAGCUGCAUGAGAAAUACGACCCCCGAAGUUAUAAUGUCGAAUAUGAUAUAGCAAUUGUUAAGGUUGGUAGUCCUAAAAAUAAUACAAUAUAG